AUGGCACAGUGUGAUAGGAUGUUUGGCAACAAAUUUGCGCGUUUAUGUUUGACCGCCUUCGGACAUCGGAGCUACACCACCAACGUAAAGUGUGAACUCGAUACAGUCACGGAGCAUGAGAUUACACAAAACGGGUUAAAACCUCGUAAGCACCGAGGCCGCAUCAAGUGCAACAAUACGGCCAUCCCGCCGGAGAUACACGAGGCGAUGCUGAAAUGUUCCAAGGACUUCCCGCUCAAAAGUUUAAUCACCGAUGGUCAGCGGCUAAACAACUGCGUGCGAUCGCGCAAAUGGUAUCCGCAACCAACAGUAGCUGGACCUCGUGGCGAGGGUGGAUCUGACGAAAGAAUACCUCCCACUGCUCGUCGACAACCUUCUUCCGUCUUCGAUAUGCACGACGAGUACAGUUGCCUCACACAACUGAUUGGCCGCUCGGAUGCCGAGUACGCCGUGUUGAUGCGCAUCCUUACCGAAAUCAGCCAGCGCGAUCCGGAUCUGCGGCCUCGCAGUUUCCUCGACUUUGGGGCCGGAGUCGGCACCGGAACGUGGGCUGCGGUGCAAUUUUGGCGCGAACAUUUGUUCGAGAUCUUGUCGGUGGACAAAUCGCGCCACAUGAACGAUUUGGCCGAGCUCGUCCUGCGGCAGGGUGACCCUAACAAGGCGACCACGGUGCGUAACGUGUUCUACCGGCAGUUUCUGCCUGCCAAUCCCGAUCGUAAGUUCGAUGUCGUGCUGAGUGCGUUUUCACUAUUCGAUCAACCGUCCCGGAAGCGAUUGUACGAGGUGAUUGAUCAGCUGUACAGCACGUUCGACAAAUACCUCGUGUUGGUGGAACAGGGCUCAAAUGCGGGCUUUCAGCUAUUGGACGGUAUCCGAAAUCACAUCCGCCGGAACCAUGACACAUCGGAAUCACACCUCUUCGCUCCGUGCCCCCACAGUCUGGCAUGUCCACGGAUAGUAAAAGAUGACGGGACACCCUGCAACUUCGAGGCCACUUACACGCGAAACUUCCCCGUCAGUGAUGGGCAACCGUACGGAUCUAUCCAUUACUCGUAUCUCGUGUACCGGAAGAACCCCACCGAUAGCAUGCAGGGCUAUCCGCGUCUCGUUCGUCCGACUGCCGUACGGUCGAAGCACUGCGUGUGCCACGUGUGCUCUGCGGAUGGCAAACUACGGGAUGUCACCUUUACCACCUCCAAACAUGGCCAGAUCGUGCACCGUUGCGCAAAAGCGAGCCGAUGGGGAGACCUCUUGCCCAUGCACAUCCGAUGGCAGGACACCAAAAAGGAAGAACAACCGAUCGAAGACGUCUAA